GGGGCCUGGGGGCGGGGCGCGGAACCACGGAGCGCGCGAAGCGUGAUGCGCGAAGCGUGACGCGGACGCAGCGAAGGUCGCAGAGUGGAGGAGUUCCGGCAGCUUUCCGAGAGUCCCAACUCGGCCUUUGGUGGGCAGACACUGAUUGGUAGCCCAGAGGAGUGGUAGAGCUGUUGCCCUAGUAACUCUGCUACUAGAUGUAGUCAAAGUAUUGACUUGCUUCCUUCAGCAGCCCAGAGCUGAGCUCCCGCAGGUUCCAGACCCUGAGCUUGGCAGAGUGGGGAAUCUCUCAAGAUUUAAAGUAGCAUGGAUCUGCCCGUGGAUGAGUGGAAAUCAUACGUACUUCAGAAGUGGUCUUUGCUCCCCAAGUCCAUUCAGGUUACAAUUUCUACAGCAGAGACUUUAAGCGAUAUCUUUCUUCACUCAUCUUCGCUUCUUCAACCGGAGGAUGAGAUGUUUUUAAAAAGGCUUUCUAGAGGUUACCUUGUUGGAAAGGACCCCAACGCUCCCCUUUUCUACAGAGAAGAAGGAAACAAAAAAUUUCAGAAGAAGGAUUAUAUGGGAGCCACAGUGCUAUACUCUAAGGGAGUAUCGCAUUCAAGGCCCAACUCUGAGGACAUUUCACUGUGUUACGCCAAUCGCUCUGCAGCCCUCUUCCACCUGGGUCAGUAUGAGACAUGCCUUAAAGACAUCGUCAGAGCACAGACGCAUGGAUAUCCAGAAAGAUUGCAACCCAAGUUGCUGUUGCGUAAGGCGGAGUGUCUGGUGACCCUGGGGAGACCACACGAGGCAAGCCAGACCAUCAGUGAUCUUGAAAGUAACUUUGCUGCCAAACCAACCCUAGCAGCUUCCCAAUUUCAGGUUCUGCAGAGAACCCUCUGUCGUCUGAAGGUAAAGGUACAGGAAAAGGAGAAUCUCACAGAAACCUCCCCAGCAGCUCUAACCAAAGCCUUGGAGGAUAUGGACCUAAGGGAAGAGAAUGAACAGAUUUCCAGCACAUCAUCAUCUGUCAGCUUAUGUACAGACCCUUUAAAAGGCCGCUGUCUGGUUGCCACAAAAGAUAUUCUCCCAGGAGAGCUUCUGGUGAAAGAGGCUGCUUUUGUGAGUGUCCUUAACCCAGGAGAAAUGCCACCAUGGCAUGGUGGCCUCGAGAGCAAGUGGGAUACCAGAGCUACCAACGGGGACCUCUACUGUCACCGAUGUUUGAAGCACACUUUGGCCCCAGUCCCCUGCGACGGGUGCAGCUACGCCAAGUACUGCAGCCAGGAGUGUCUGCAGCAGGCCUGGGGCCGCUACCAUAGUAUAGAGUGCUCUCUAGGGGGGCUGCUUCUCACGCUGGGUGCUUUUUGCCACAUCGCCCUGAGGUCGACUCUUUUAGCUAGAUUUGAGGAAGCUGGCAAAGUCAUAAAUAAGCUUUGUGGUGAGAUUACCAACAGGGAUACCUGUUUACCUGAAAGCAAGAAUCUGGCGCAAACACUCAGCUGUGACCUGGGAGGGGAGAGUAAAAACAAGGGCAAAACAGUUGAGACCCCGAUUCCUGGGUGUGAUAUUAACGGGAAGUAUGAAAAUAAUUAUAAUGCUGUCUUCAGCCUUUUACCCCAUACCGGAAACCAUAGCCCUGUACACAAAUUCCUCUGUGCUCUGAGUGUUUCUGCACUGUGCAGGCAGCUCGAAGCAGCCAGUCUGCAGGCCUUCACAACAGGCCUGAGAUCAUCUAAGCUGAAAGCAGCAGCGGCUCCUGGGUUGUAUCCAGAGUUGAAUAUUUGGGGAGUGGCCAUGCUGAGACACAUGUUACAGCUACAGUGUAAUGCUCAGGCAAUAACAACCAUACAGCAAACAGGAUCUGAAAAGAACCUCAUUACGAACAGCAGGCAGGUGCGCCUUGCCACGGGGCUGUUCCCCGUCGUCAGCCUCCUGAACCAUUCCUGCAGCCCCAAUACCAGCGUGUCCUUCAUUAGCACCGUCGCCACCGUUCGGGCAUCUCAGCAGAUUAAAAAAGGACAAGAGAUUCUCCACUGCUAUGGGCCCCACGAGAGCAGGAUGGGUGUUGCCGAGAGGCGCCAGAAGCUGAGGUCUCAGUAUUUCUUUGACUGCAACUGUCCCCCUUGUGAACGUGAGAAGCAGAGACCCUCGCAGGGGCCCGGGCGGGAAGCCUUCUGUUGUCACCGUUGCAGAGCACUCCUGCAGGGAGAUGAUGUUCUGAGCUGUGGCAGCACAUCUUGUACGGAAUCAGUCAGCAGAGAUCACCUAGUCUCUCAGCUACAGGACCUUCAGCAGCAGGUGGGGAUGGCCCGGAAGCUUCUCAGAAAUGGCGAACUAGAGCGAGCCAUUCAGCUGUUGUUGGGAUGCCGGCAUGCUGCUGAGAGCUUCCUGUUGGCGGAACACAGCGUGGUGGGAGAAAUCGAGGAUGACCUGGCCCAGGCCUAUGCUGCCUUAGGGGACUGGGAGAAGUCAGCCGCCCAUCUACAGAAGAGUCUCCGAGUGGUUGAGGUUCGCCACGGGCCAACCAGUGUUGAGAUGGGCCAUGAACUCUUCAAACUGGCCCAAAUCUUCUUCAAUGGGUUUGCAAUACCCGAAGCUCUGAACACAAUACAACAGGCAGAAAAGGUUCUGCUGGUACACUAUGGCCCUUGGAAUGACGAGAUCCAGGAGCUACAAAAGAUGAAAUCCUGUUUGUUGGACUUGCCGCCCAUCCUUGUGGGACCCAACCAAUAGGGUCCCAAGGGGACCUUGACCAACAGGAAAGGAGCCCGUGUGGGAGGAGUUAAAGAGGGUCUGUCGCUGCUGAGCUGUCGCCAAACAAUACAGGACUUGCCCGACAGUCACAAGCCUAGUGUAUGAGGGGAGGGGAGGGCUUAGAAAGCUUUGCAGUUAGAGACGUGCUCACCUGUGUUUUUUUCUUUUCUACAUCUUUAUUGGAGUAUAAUUGCUUUACAAUGGUGUGUUAGUUUCUGCUUUAUAACAAAGUUAUACAUAUACAUAUGUUCCCAUAUCUCUUCCCUCUUGCAUCUCCCUCCCUCCCACCCUCCCUAUUGCUCACCUAUUUUGAUGAAUGUUUCUUGAAGUAGUUAACUGCUCUGCAACAAAAACUCCUGGUUCCCAGAAAAAAACUUAAAACUGGUAUCUGGAGAACCUAAGCCCUUUAAAAGGAUUUUAGCUGAUCUGCAGGCAUCUGGAUGUUAGCCUGGGGUUUUGGCUAGACGCCUCCUCACUAAAUGAUGAUAGUCUGUUUCCCUGGAACAUUCCUUUGGUUUCUAGUAGUAAUGAAACGUUGUGUACCACUCCAGUGGGAACUUAAACUCUUAAUAGUCGUAUUGUAAUUGAAAAAUAAUUAUGAACAAGAAAUUAGUGAGGCUCCUUACCUCUGGAGGUAUAGUUUCAUUUAUGGUACCUAGCUUCCUUGAAUCCUUUGUUAAAACCAGUGGAGUAUAAAUUGUGAAUAGAGAAAUAAAUAUGGGGCCAUUUUAUUGUUGGGGAAUUUCUUCCUAGGAUGGCAACUCUAAAUUUGUUUUCUACCAGUUUUCGAGUCCUUAUUCUCUGGUUUUCAUUCUGUACUCUGGGCAGACUCACUGACCAAACACUAAUAAAAUCAAGCUUGUAGCAAUGACUUUACAACACAUCGUUUCUGAGUUCUGUUUAUUAGCAAGCCUGAAAAGAGACCGCUUUUUUCUACCUCCCCAAGCAGGCAAAUGAAAUACAGACUGCAUAAUUACUGAGAAGGGAAAAAAAAAAAAACAACUUCAGAAGAUGCUGAGGGUGUGGGCAUUGCUGCUAGCGGUUUCACACUUAAGAGACAAAAAGUAGGGAUGAUAGCUGUUGUCUCCCUGGAUGUAUAGCAAUAGUCUAAACCCCAUCCCAGUCAGAAGGGCGGGAGACUCUGGGUCUGAACCCUGGGUGCUCUAUCACCACUGGGGACCAUGUGGUUCAGAUGAGUUGGUGGCAAAGAAUACACACUGCUUUGAGAGUUUGCCCACCCCAGCCAUGCCCAAGAAGUGCCCAGUGGUUGCCCCGGCAUUAUAAUCAGGAACUGAAUAGCCCUGAAGCUGCCUGGGAGUAGCUUUUCAGGAAGCUGAGUGUUCAGAACAUGGUUCACAGUCAAAUAUUUGAAUGAAGGGCAGGCAGAAUCGCAUUUAUCUUCCUUUCUACUAACUCACUUUGGCAAGGGCUGUGGCCAAUGAGAUGUUUUGGUAGAGCUAACUCAAGAAGAAAAAUUUAGUCUUGACCAAUUCUGUAGUUCUUUUCCAAACACUUGGCAUGUUUCAUGUUCCUGAAAAAGGAGGUUCUGUUGUACUUUGUAAAAUAGGCCCCCUUCCUUAAAAAGAAUAUGUGUAGAAUUUUACAUAGCAGACCUCAUUUUAUGUGAACCUGAGAGCUUUCUUUAAAUGCUCUAUAAAAUAAAGAAUUCUUUCCUGAAGUUACAGACUUCCUCCCUUAUCUGUCUGCAUGUUAUCCUGUGUUGUCAGGUGACAUUAGCUUGACGGGGGGGAUAUCCGUGCUUGCAUUAAAACCUAAAGUCCGGUGUAUUUAAGAGCAUGGUCCACCGAUUGUGGAGACAGGAAAUUCCUUCCCGGGGGAUUAGUGACCUAGAGUGUAAACCCCACAGAGCGGAGAAUCCAUCCCGACAUCAUACAAUGCAAACAACUAUGGUUCUUAUCUCACCCGGUGACUUUCUCUGCAGAGUUUAGUUAGACCCAGGCUAUAAAUACAGGACCAGCAAAUUCCUAAAGGGUUAUUUAUCUUCAUAUUAAAUUUAACAUAGCUCAAAAUAGGAGGAACAGGGUAACAAAAGUUAAGGAUAAAGCACUUUUAUUGCAAAGUAUACAUUGAAACAUAGGGGCAGCCUUCAUGGAAUAUAUAAGCUGCCAUCCCUCUAGCGUUUUCUUCUGGGGUAUUUGAACACUAAAUUGGAGAAUUAAGUGCCCCUGGGGUCCAGAAUUUUGCCUAUGAAGAGAAGGGCCCCUGUGUCUGUGUCCCUCAGUACAAAGAUGAAAGGUUGGUUAAGGUGAUAGUCCAGAGAGAAGGUGAGGUGGGCAGGCUGGAGCCCUGGGCUGGGGGUGGUACCCGCCCCAUCUUCAUUCCACUCAAAGCCAGUGCGAUGUUCCACUUGAGUAACUUUGAUAGGUUUGCCCGUGAUCUUGCUAAAGUCUGGUGAAUCAAACAAGGACUGCAAUUCUGCAGAGAUCGAGAGGGAUUUCCGUUAAAACCUUGCCUCAUCAACACCCCAAGGAAGAGUACAGUCCUGAUUCUUAAAUUCUGAUUCUCGAGAAGGCAAGCAAGCUGGGAGCGGAACAACCACUUUUGACCUGUGAGGUGUGUAGAGCUCUGGGCUGGUUAAGGGUUAAGUGACUUGCCCAGGAGCACACAGCAAGUGAGGUUAAGAUUAGAAACCAGGUCAGCAGACCUAUCUUGAGAGGCAGUGUUCUGAGUUGCUGUUAUAAGACGUAUGCUCUUGGGGCUGAGGAAUGAGUCUGAUAAGGAAGGCAGUUCAGUCUUCCCCUCCAGCACUAUUAGAAUUAAGGAGUCAUCCCUGGCCUCGGUACAAUGCCAUGGAGCCUUUGCGUUCCGCUUAGCAAGGUGGAAGGCUCAAAGACUCUACCCCACCCACCCCAGGAGCAAAGAGGUCUUGCAGAAACAUACUCAUCUCCUGCACGGACUUGGUGAGUUCGCCUUCGUAACUCAGCUUCAGCUUGGGGAUGGUCAGGACCGCUUGAACAGUCUUCAGUUCUCGGUCUAUGUCAUGAAUGAACUCAGAGGUGAGGCUCUCUUCGAUAAUGGUCAGGUUCUGGGUCACUUUCAGAGGCAGGAAGAAGAUGAUACUCAUGCUGCCGGUCAAGGGCAGCUGGGCAAUCUGACACAACAGGGAGGAAGCGCAUGCGUUAGUCCUUUGGAGCCCAGGAGCCUAGAGAUAGGCACACACCCCCAAGCCGCCUUCUCCUCUCCUGUAACCAGGCCCUGCCACGCUUUCCCAGCCCCUCAUCUAUGUAACAGUUGUCCCUCUGAGCUAAUUGCUUUCCGGCAGCAAGAUGUCUACUGAUGUUUCUUCAAAAAGUAGGCCAUUGUCGUUUCUUAAACCUGGGCCUAAUACCAACUGAAGUUAUCUGCUGAAAGAAUUUUCUCCUGUGGUUCUAAAGAGCUAGAAUUGAAUUCCAGGUCUGUGUUUUCUCCCAAGGUUUGUCUGCCAACAGUUACUGAUCAUCUGUUAUGUACAGAGCCCUGGACUAGAAAUGGGGACUCCGGGCAGAGCACACAGAAGGAGCAAUACAGUGGUCCUUUGAGCAGCGGUCCUUAACCUCAGGUCCACAGGACGGAUGGCAUCAGAGGUCCCAAGAGCCCCUGAAAUCGUCUACAGAAAUGCAUACGUGGCAUUUCUGUCCAGUGCUUCAGGUGUUUUGUCCGAUUUCCAAAGAAAAAAGCUAAGAACUACUGACUUCGAAUUUUCAAAAGUCAGGUAGGAAAGACUUAGAAUGCCAGCAGUUUGGAGUUGUGACGGUUUUUGAAAGUUUAACUUUGACUUCUAGAAAUACAAGUUCUCCCCCCAAAAAAAGAGAAAAAGAAGGAAAGAAAAGAGAAGAAUUAACACCAGCAUUUGAGUGCCCAAUCUUCUUUUUAAAUUUUUUAAUUUCAUGCUUAUUAACAUUUUUUCAGAUUUAUUCAGACGUAUAGUAUACGUUGAUCAUGACACUCCCCUGCAUACUUUUUUUUUGGGGGGGCCGCACAGCAUGUGGGAUCUUAGUUCCUUAAACCCACAUCCCCUGCAUUGGAAGUGCAGUCUUAACCGCUGGACCACCAGGGAAGUCCCUUGAGUGCCCAGUCUUGAGGGCCCAUUUCACAUUACCUUAUCAACCCUUACAGGAAACCCUGCGUGAGAGGAUAAGUUUAGAUAACUAUGCCCCUUUAUUUUGAGGAAAAAAGGCUCAGAGAAAUGAUUAAUUACUGAAAGUCACACAGCAGGUAAAGUUUAGACCGCUGUCAGAUCUCAAAAUUCAUUCUAUUCCCACUACACCAUCCUGCCUGUCCCCGCACCCGCUACUCACUCUACCCCUACAGACCUUGCAGUUGAGAUCAGAAUCCAAGCCGUAGCGUAAGAUGGCCUUAGGGUCUGACAUCGUGGGGACUUUCACGGUCCUCUCCUCAUCCAAGUGGAAAUCAUCUAGGGAAGUCUUUCUGUAGUCAAACUUCGUUACCCACUGCCCUGGAAUGAAACAAAUGGAGUGCCCUGAGCCCCGGGAGACCAGAAAGGCGUUGGGACCGUGAUUGCUGAAAAUUGCCUGGCUUCAGGAAUCUUAGUCGUCAGAGGGUCCUGAUACAGCAGGGAAUAGCUCUAUCUCAGAAUGUGCAGUCUGGACCACAAAAUUUCUAGGGUCCUGAAUACCUUCCAUACGUAAACUCAGGAGGAAAUAGGUUGAUUGAAGGGUUUAUUCAAGUUCUGUGAUAGCCUAGGAGAAAGGUAAACUGGUGUACACUCCUACAGUGUUGCGUCCGGAAGACAAUCCAGGGAGGCCAGAGCUGGAAGGGACCUCGACUUCAUGUCAUCAACCCUCUCAUAGCUGAAAAAGCCUGGAACCCCAGAGAGGUGAAGUGAUGGCCAGUGCUCACACAGCUAGCCGAUAGCUUCACAUGGCCUGUAACAGCUUCUUUCGUGUCCUGGAGCUCAGUGCUUCAGGGAGGACUUUUCUCUAGGAGUUUAGGGGUCCACUCUGCCUGAUAGACAUUUUAAGGGGAGGCUGCCCAAAAUCCGACCCAAGGCUCAUGAAUAGGGCUGGCCUCACACUGGGCCCGUGGAAUAGACUUGGGCACGUCAACACAGCCUAGAAGAAUGUUGUUAGAAAACUAACAACGGUUUAUCAACGACCUGCUGUGUGCCCCGGGCAUGAUGCUAGGGUCCAUGUGAAGAUGGGAGAUGUGGGAAGGGGAAAGGGAAGCUGGGGUGAAGUGAGAGAGUGGCAUGGACAUAUAUACACUACCAAAUGUAAAAUAGCUAGUGGGAAGCAGCCGCAUGGCACAGGGACAUCAGCUC